GGAAGCGGCGGCCCCGAGCGGGAGGAGCGGCGCGGCGCGGGCCGGGCGCAGGGCAGCGGGCGCGGCUGAGAGCGGCGGGGGCCGGCCGGCCGACCUCCCUCCCUUUCCCCCCUCCCGGCGCCCGGCGGGGGAGCGGUUGUCCGCGGGGGCCGCCCGGUUCCCGUGGCAACGCGGGGCGCGGCGGCGCAGGCGGCCGGGCGGCGGCCAUGGGCAGCUGGGCCGCGGCGACAUGGCGGCUUGGUGGCUCCAGCGUGCGCGGCGGCCUCCGCGCCGUACCGCGGCGGCGGGGCAGUUCCCGGCCCGGCGGUGGGGACCGGGCGGCGAUCCUGAGCGACCUGCUGCAGAGCUCGGUGGAGGCCGAGGAGCCGGGCGCGGAGGCGGCGAGGCGGGAGCCGCGGUCCCCCCGGGAGGGCACGGUGCUGCUCUUCCCCGGGCAGGGCAGCCAGUUCGUGGGGAUGGGCCGCGGGCUGCUGCAGUUCCCCGGCGUGCGGGACAUGUACCGCCUGGCCGAGAAGGUGCUGGGCUACGACCUGCUCUCCCUCUGCCUGGAGGGGCCGCAGGGCGAGCUGGACCGCACCCGGCACUGCCAGCCCGCCGUGUUCGUCGCCUCCCUGGCCGCCGUGGAGAAGCUCAACCACCAGCAGCCUAAAGUGGUGGAGAGCUGCGUGGCGGCGGCGGGAUACAGCGUGGGGGAGUUCGCGGCGCUGGUCUUCGCUGGAGCCCUGGACUUCGCCGAAGCGCUGUAUGCGGUGAAAGUGCGCGCCGAAGCCAUGCAAAAGGCGUCGGAAGCUGUCCCCAGCGGAAUGCUAUCGGUUAUCGGUCGGCGGGAGGCAAAUUAUAAAUUUGCCUGCUUGGAAGCCCGUAAACACUGUGAAUCACUGGGUAUAGAAAACCCCGUAUGCGAAAUCGCAAAUUAUUUGUUUCCCGACAGCAGAGUCAUUGCAGGACACUUGCAGGCUUUGAAGUUUUUGCAGGACAAUGCCCGAAAAUAUUAUUUUACACGUGCAAAAAUGCUUCCGGUCAGUGGGGCUUUUCAUACCAGACUUAUGGAACCAGCAGUAGAGCCACUGGCUGAAGUCCUAAAAUCGAUUGAGAUUCAGAAACCACUGGUCUGUGUCUAUUCCAAUGUUGAUGGCAAAAAGUACAUGCACUCAAAGCAUAUUCAGAAGCUGUUAGUGAAGCAGGUGGUGUCACCUGUUAUGUGGGAACAGACCAUGCAUUCUGUAUACGAACGAAAGCAAGGAACAGAAUUUCCUUACACGUACGAAGUGGGGCCCGGGAAGCAACUAGGAACCAUUCUCAAAAAGUGUAAUUUAAAGGCCUGGAAACAAUAUAAGCAUGUAGAUGUUCUGGAAGAUGAGGAAGCAACAGAGACCUAAGUAGCCUGUUGAGAAAAAUCCUUGCAACUUGGUUUCUUUCUGCCUAAUUUAAAAAUAACGUUGUGCUUCCAAAGAGGAAGGUUUAAAACAUUCAUGGCUUCUCACGAUGAAAAGAGCACCGUGCUAAUCACAGCGAACAUUUUCCUUCCCCGUGUGCCUCAGGUGUGGAAGGGGAGAGCACAGUCUGGCUCUUCCAUCUGUGUCAGGACUGCAAAACUGCCAAUAAACAUGCCCAAUAGCCUGUUUGGCCUCAAUCCUGCAAGCAACUUCCACUCUCUUAUUUUUUUUUCCCUUUUUAAAAAAUUUGGAGGGGGUGUGGAUUCAAAUUAAAGUCAGUAGCUUCAGCUGUCUGGUGCAGGGAUCUUCCACAUGGAUACAGCGGCAGAACCAGGCUGUUGGCUCCGAAUGAUGGGGGCUCUGGGCUGGGUCUGAGGGUGCGUUUAGAGAAGCCAUCUGGUUGAUGUGGCUGUCGGUAUGUUGGUGAUCCUGUUUCCUAACUCGCCUGACUUGUGGGAUGUUGAUCUGUGCAAAAUUAUUCUCUGUCCACAUUGCCAGGCAGCAGCAGGGUAAGGCAGAAGUUGUUAUUAGGAACAUAAUUUUCUUAAGGUUAACCAGUAAAUAAAGUAUAAAGCUUUUCUUGAUA